UGAAAGUUGAAAUAUAAAUAUAGAGAUAUUUGCCGACUUUCCAUUGCAAAAAAAUCAGAGAAGCGAUUAAGCAGAAGCAGAAGCAGAAGCAGCAGAAGAAGAAGAAGAUGGGACUGGAGCACUUGAGUCUGAGCGAUACAAAGGGCAAGAUCAUUACUUGCAGAGCUGCGGUGGCUCAUGGAGCCGGAGAGCCGUUGGUAAUAGAAGAGGUCAAAGUUGAUCCUCCCCAGAAAAUGGAGGUCCGAAUCAAGAUCCUCUUCACUUCCAUCUGCCAUACAGAUCUCAGUGCCUGGCUUGGCGAGAAUGAAGCUCAAAGGGCUUACCCUAGGAUUCUUGGCCACGAAGCGUGCGGGAUAGUGGAGAGCGUAGGGGAAGGAGUAAAGAAUGUGAUGGAGGGAGAUUAUGUGAUUCCCAUAUUCAACGGCGAGUGUGGGGACUGCAACUUGUGCAAGUGUGACCGUACCAACAUGUGUCACAACUUCGGAGUCAACCCCAUGAAGAAGCACAUGGUGGCCGACGGCGCCACCCGCUUCACCGCCGCCGACACCGGCAACCCCAUCUUCCACUUCCUCAACACCUCCACCUUCACCGAGUACACCGUCGUCGACUCCGCUUGCGUCGUCAAGCUCACCGGCGUUGAUCACCACAGCCUCAAAAAUCUCACCUUACUAAGUUGCGGCGUGUCCACAGGGGUAGGAGCAGCAUGGAACACUGCCAAUGUGCAAUCGGCAUCCAAUGUUGCUGUCUUCGGUUUGGGAGCUGUGGGCCUUGCUGUGGCAGAAGGUGCUCGAGCAAGAGGGGCAUCCAAGAUAAUCGGCAUAGACAUCAACCCCGACAAAUUCACCAAAGCCCGGGACAUGGGAGUGACGGAUUUCAUAAAUCCAAGGGAUGAAGAGAAGCCUGUCUUCGAGAGGAUAAGAGAAAUGACCGGAGGAGGAGUAGACUAUAGCUUUGAAUGUGUAGGAAACUCUGAUGUCCUCCGAAAUGCCUUCUUGUCUGUUCAUGAGGGAUGGGGAUUGACAGUAAUACUUGGAAUUCAUGCAACCCCACAAAUGCUUCCAAUUCAUCCAAUGGAGCUGUUUGAUGGUCGCAGAAUUGUUGCUUCGGUCUUUGGAGGCUUCAAAGGAAGGACCCACCUCCCACUUUUUGCCAAACAAUGCUUGCAAGGAGUGGUGAAGCUGGACGGGUUCAUCACUCACGAGCUUCCCUUUGAUGACAUUAACAAAGCCUUUGAUCUUUUGGUCUCUGGAAAGUCACUGAGAUGUCUCCUACACCUGUGAGAUAUAUGAAAGACACUGCAGUGUUUCACUGGAAAAAAAUGCAGAAUUCGUACUGUGAAAAAAAUUAAAUAACAAUAGAAGUCUGCACUUGAAUAUUACAUGUAUGUCACUAAGCAGGAUAUUUUUUCUUCAGAAUUUUGUAUAACAGGUUGAUAAUGCUGCAGUAUCUGUGAGCAUAAGUUAUUAUAAUGUUGCCCAUAG